AUGACAACCCAAACCCCAUCAUUCCGAGAAUUAAUUGGUGUCCAACCAUCUACUGUUUCGGUGCAGGAUAGCGUUUUGAUUAUUAUCGAUGCGCAGAAUGAAUACGCCCAAGGCCACCUAACCAUUUCCCAAAUCACCUCCUCCCGCAACGCCAUCUCGUCCCUCCUCACCAAAUACCGCACCGCUCACGCCCCCCUCGCACACAUCGUGCAUCAAGUCCCCUCUGGCGCCCCCGUCUUCACACCCGGCACCGCAUUGGCACAAGAAUUCGAAGAGCUGACGCCAGAAAACGGUGAGAAAGUCAUCGUUAAGCAAUAUCCGAGUGCAUUUACUGGGACGGAUUUAGAGGCGUUUAUUAAGGGGACGGGCAAGUCUAAGGUCGUGUUGGUGGGGUAUAUGGCGCAUGUGUGUGUGAGUACGACGGCGAGACAGGCGGCUGAGAAAGGCUAUGAUGUGUUGCUUGUGGGAGAUGCUAUUGGGGAUCGGGAUAUUCCUGGGGUGAAGGCUGAGGAGUUGGUGAAGACGGUUUUGGCCGAGUUGGCCGAUGCUUUUGGGACUGUGGUGCAAUCGGGUGAGAUCAAUUGA